GCACGGUUAGUCUAACCUUCUGGCGUUCGCUAGUCUGAUUGUGAGCUGACUUUGGUGGCAGCAGGCGCGACGAGCGACGAGCUGUGGAGGAAGAAGCAAAUGCAGCGGCGCGACAGGAGAGGAGGAAGAACAACGAUCGAUGCUGGAGUUGUUAGUACUUUAGUAGUCCCGGGCGACAGGGCAAAGAAGUAGCGAGCGCGCGGCUCCCUCUUUAGAGGUAUUUUAAUUCAACUGUGAUGAUGUGUUGAAGGAUAGCUGCGAACAGAGCGCGUGUCUUAUCGUUAAAAAUAUCUCCAUGAGCUGCCCAAAAUCGUGACACAAGUUGCCAGCAUCCUCUUCGUCGUCAAUGAAAAAACAUUUGAAGCAAGAGGUGGUAUAGCCUGGUCAGCGGUUGAGCGAGUCUUCGUAGAGUUUCCUUCGACGACUUUGACUUCCUUUGCACCUAUAGUGUUUCUCUGACAAUCGAAAAGUACACCCCGGAGAUCCCAAUAACCAAGAAACCAGGACUCGGGAAUCCAUUCCUCGGUUGCUUCGCUCCUCGACGAGACAAAGAACCCGCAGCUGACACGAAUAAGGGGGAUUUUCAAAACAGCAGGCACAUUGUGCCCCGUAGUAUGAAAAUAUGGAUAUUAAAAGCUUCGUUUAUCAAGCAGCGAGAGAUGGAAAACUGAAACGUUUGAAGGUAUUUUUGGAUCACCGAAAUCAGGAUGAGGUAGGACAAUUGGUAAGCGCCAAAACUCAUGGCGCCACUCCUCUCGUGAUGGCCUGCAGGAACGGGCACUACGACGUAGCCGAGUACCUCAUCGAAAAGUGCGAUGCCGAUAUCGAGCAACCGGGAUCAGUAGUAUUCGAUGGCGAGACGAUAGAAGGUGCACCUCCGUUGUGGUGUGCAGCUGCUGCAGGCCAUUCUGCAUUGGUGAAGUUACUCGUUAGAAGCGGUGCCAAAGUUAAUUCCACUACAAAAACUAAUUCCACACCCCUCAGGGCGGCAUGCUUCGACGGACAUUAUGAAAUCGUUCAUUAUCUCGUCCAGAACGGCGCUGACAUCGAGGUCCCAAACAGACACGGACACACGUGUCUGAUGAUCGCCUGCUACAAAGGACACAUAAGAAUUGUAAGAUACCUCUUAGCGAUGAAGGCGGACGCGAAUAGAAAAUCCGUGAAGGGUAAUACCGCGCUUCAUGAUUGCGCGGAAAGAGGAUCGUUAGAAAUUUUAAAAGUUCUCGUGGAACACGGGGCUCGAAUGGAUGUGGAUUCCUAUGGAAUGACUCCUUUACUGACGGCAGCCGUUACAGGCCACACACACAUGGUUGAGCAUCUGAUAGGAAUGCGACAUUUAGUCGGGCGCAAGGAAAGAAUAGACGCCUUAGAAUUAUUGGGUGCGACCUACGUCGACAAAAAAAGAGAUAUGAUAGGUGCAAUGGAGCUUUGGAAGAAAGCGAUGGAAGAAAGGUACUCGGAACAUCCAAUCAUGGCAAAACCGACGCCACCACCAGCGGUAGCUGCCUAUGAUUUCGCCCGUGAAAUUACUGACCCCGAAGCGUUGGAUCAGUUGCUGGCCGAUCCGGACGAAACUCGAAUGCAGGCGCUGGUCAUUAGGGAGAGAAUAUUAGGCCCGGCCCAUCCUGACACGAGCUAUUAUAUCCGAUAUAGAGGCGCGGUUUACGCCGAUGCUGGUAAAUUUGGACGUUGCAUCGAACUCUGGAAUUACGCCCUGGAUAUGCAACACAGCAUUUUAGAACCAUUGAACCCGAUGACCCAAAGCUCUCUGUUUAGUUUUGCCGAACUCUUCAGUUUCAUGACCGGGGAAGAGGGGAGACAAACAAUCAGAGGUCGUAGAGUACCGCCUGUCGAGCGGAAGGAACUUGUCAGAGUCUUCAACAAAGCGGUUGUUGAAGUAAAAUUGGGAAAACAAAUGCUCGAAAAAGUACCGGCCUGCGAACGUGAUUUGAGUUUUUUGAACAGAGUAUUGGUUAUAACGCUACACUUGGCUUGUUUAUUAACGCACCAAACACCUCCACCCGAUACAGAGGAGCACAGAGAACUACAUGAAGCGAUAUACGACCUCGUCAGAAUAAACGCAAAGGGUAAACAGGGACGGGAUGCUCUACAGUUGGCGUGCAGCCGAGAUGCGACGGUGGUAGGGAGGUAUCCGGCUUGUGAAUUCCCAUCUCCACAUUUGGCAAAAGCUCUAUUGAAAACGGGUGCCGAUGUUCAUGCUCGGGAUGUCGAUGGAAACACCGCCCUUCACCUCGCUGCAUUAUCCCAUCCUUGUCCACCGGCAUUAGCGACGACGUUACUCGAUGCCGGUGCACAUCUAGACGCUGUUAAUGGAGAUGGAAAAACUUUCGAGAUGCUGCUUAAAGAUCAAAGUAUUUACGAUGUCGUUGAACCACUCAAGUAUACAACACUCGCUUGUUUGGCAGCCAGAGUAAUAAGGCGGACUCACAAAAAUCCAGACAUCCCUAAACAUCUCAAAGCAUUCGUAGAGAUGCACUAGUAUAAAUCCAUACUAGAUAUGUUGUCUCAUGGUAAGAACUCUUUACGCUGCCACGAUUGCCUUUCAUUUAACAUCUUUUAGAGAUGAUAUUUAUAUAUUAUUUCUGCGGUAUCCGUAGAUGGGAACUGUAAGUUGAAAAGCGAUCGAUCAAUUGAAGGCAAAAUGGGAAAAGAAAUAAUAAUAACUUGAGAUGCGACUGAUUGCUAAACGAUCCAUUAUUAUAAACCGUACGCAUCUAGGUAGCUUAGUUCUUCAUAAUAUUGUCACGAUGUUGAGUCACUUUGGCAGGAUGUGCGGCCGAUUGCUUAUCGUCAAUCAGGUUACAUUCGACCCAUGGAGACAACCUUUCUGGUAUAAAUGUUAAUGCAUUACUGAUCACUUGAUUCCUGAUCCUAAAGCUAGAUCGUAAUUUUAUCAAACAAGAGUGCUGUACUAAAAAAAUUGUCGUGAGAAGUUGAAAACUUCUUGGUAUGGUAACCUUGACAGCUCACAACGCCCCUUAUAAAUAAACCCCACACAAGCCAUACUAUUAAUACUUAAACACAUUAUUGUUAUUUAAUCAUAGAAUAUAAUGAGCGUCAAAUUAACAGUUGCAUUAUCCAAAAAUUACCUCUUCACUACACUCUACACAAAUAAAUGAAUAAAUAAAUAAUUGAUGAAUUGAUAAUUAUUAAAACUAUAUUUCUGGCAUAACCGCGACACCAUUGAAUAAUAAUGUAUUUUCUCAACUUUUUCUUUAACUUUAGAUUUGAAUGAUAGAUCAGUUCAGAGAUUGUGCGUUGAGUUUUCGAGUAAAAAUUUAUGUUUGCUAAAUAAUUAUUGAUAAGUCAGGUGAGACAAUUAUAUAACGUGCAAUGGAACUUUCAGCCUUGUAUAACUCGGUUAAUUUCAUUUUGAAAUGUGAUAAUAAAAAAAAUAUAUAUAUGAAAUAUUGUUUUGUAAUGUAAAGACUGUUUGAAAAUACAAACGUGUUAUUGAAAUA